AUGCCGAGGAGCACGAGGCACAAAUCGAGCAAGCACAAGGACACGAGAGACCAUUCCGAUUCGGAGGAAGAGAAGAAGAGUAGUAGCAGCGCCGCGAUUAGGGUUUCUGGUGAGAAGCAAAAGGAAUAUUACGAUAAUGGAGAGUACUGUGAGGAGUACACGUCAUCAUCUUCGAAGAGGAGGAGAGGGAAUGGUGGGGAGGAUGAGAAAGGGGAGAGUUCGAAGAAGAGUAAGAGGGAGGAGGGAGAUGGGGAAGAGGUGAGGAAGAGUAGUAGCGGGAAGCAUAAGGAGUCUAGUAGAAGGGAGGUUGACAAGGAUAAAGAGAGUAAAAGUGAGAAGCUUUAUGAUGAUGAUCAUCAUCAUAGAUCUAAGGGUUAA